UAGAUGGCGGGUGUGCGGGACCAGAGGCGCUCCUUCAGGUUUGCCGGUGUCUGUCAGCUCUGAAGCGUCGGAGACCCAUAAGUCCAGACUGUCGGUGUUCAGCAGCGCUUUCACGCACGUCCUUCUGACUUUAUUGGAGCCGAAAAUGUUCAGUUUUAGCGGGCUGUCAGUGGCUCUAGCCAUCGUCCUGGUGCCGGGACCGGUUGAAAGCUUGAAGGAAGGAGAAUGUGAAGUGUGUGUCACCUUCCUGGGGAAGUUUUAUGACUCGCUGAAGGACUCCAACACCAACUUUAACAGUGCCGACAUCGAGAAGCAGCUGCUGGAGAGCUGCAAAGAUACCAAAGGAAAAGACAACAGAUUUUGUUAUUACAUUGGAGCAACGAGUGACGCUGCCACUAAGAUGACAAAUGAAGUGUCUAAACCCCUCAGCUACCACGUCCCAGUUGAGAAGAUCUGUGAGAAGCUCAAGAAGAAGGACAGUCAGAUCUGUGAGCUGAGAUACGACAAACAGCUGGACCUGACCACAGUGGACCUGAAGAAGCUCAAAGUCAAGGACCUGAAGAAGAUUCUAGAGGAUUGGGGCGAGUCGUGCAAAGGCUGCGCAGAAAAGUCCGACUUCAUCCGCAAAAUAAUCGAGCUCAUGCCGAAGUAUGCCCCUGCAGCCGCCAAGGCACGGACAGAUCUGUAACGACACACGGAAGACUGACUCUGAACAGACUGUAAAUCCUGCGAGGAGGAAGAACGGGAGUUUUGUCAUUUCUCAGUCUUGUGUGCACUAGUGCUUAUCUGCACAGAAGGCUAAGGGUUUCUACUGUACUUUAAAAUAAAGUUUGCAGCAGGUGCAGCAUUCCUGCUCCUUCAUGGAAAUCAUUUCACAAUAAACAUCUAAGUAAAGCUGCAUCCCACAUUUUCCCCAACCAGCAGAGCUCCAGACUGCUGAGAAGCUCUGCAACAGCAGGAACCAAACCAAUCUGCUGGGAGACCAUCAGCAUCCCUGCAGCUCAUGUUCAUCAAGUCAUUUCGUUGCACAACUAAAUUCACUGUUUCCCACAAACAUUUAAGGUUCAGGAAGGAUGAGACUGAGGUCCAAUCAGCUGGAAAAGGUUACUGAAGCUCUAAUUCUCAUGUCUGUCUCCUGAUACCGAGCAGCUCAUCAGCUCCCUCUCUUGACAGUUUACAGAAUUACGACCUAAUUUUAAAAUAAAGCUGUUCAGCUUCACCUCUGCUGACAUCAAACCUGGUCCUGGCUAAAAAAAAAACGUUUCCAGUUUCGCUCUUAUGAGGAGGACUCACUCUACUUUUCUUUUUUUUUUUUUUAUCUCGGAUGGUUCUGUUCCGGUUUACACAACAAUCAGAAUAUUAAACUCAUUAAGUCACCUCCAGUCUCUUCUGUUUUGCUAUGUGGGAGUUGCCCUCUUCACUCAUUGUAUGAUUGGCUCCUGAAUUGGAUCACUGUCAGUGCCAACAUCAGUAAAUCCCAGAAUAUUUUAUUCUGAAAGGAUGUUUAAACUACAGUCAACUGACCAGAAGCAAACAGAACAUAGUGACCCGUUUACCAGUCACAGAUGGGUUUUAGAACUUGUAGAAAUUUGAAAAUGAUUCCUUUUAAUGUUCAGAUGAAACUAGAGAGGCCUAGCAAAGGUUUAGUGGGAAUUUUGUUUUCACUCUAGUUUUUUUUUAUAGUCGGUUGUGGGAAUGAAAUGUUUUGGUUGACAUUUAAGCAUUUUGGUUAUACUGGUUUAACUAAUAUUUAGGUGAUCUUCUGUAUUUAUUAAAGGUUUUUCCAGACUUUUUGUUUUAAAUUUAUAUAAAUAAAAACAUCCAGUUCUGCUCUUUGGUU